AUGCGAUCUACAUCUUCUCUUGCCGCCAUUAUUGCCGCCCUCGCUGUGCGAGGUGUCGCUGGUCAGUAUGACGAUUGGAAGUUUGGCAACCUGUUCAUGGCCGGUCCUGCCAAGAGCGCUAUCAAGAAGGCGACUUAUACCCUCUCUCCUCCUCCCAUCCCCUGCGGAACUCAGGUCAAGGACCCCUCACACCAGCCUUGGAUGUCAAUCUGGGUCGGUAUUUCCGAUUCCAUCAGUGACCAAUCCUCGGAUCUGUACCAGCCUCUUUUGAACUGGGCCCCCAACAAUGAGCAAGAGGGCUGCCCUGCUCCUAACAAUGCGUGGUGCGUUGCCGCCAGCACCUUUGACUCUGGAACCCAGGUUGCCCAGCCGUACGUGGCUAUCCCUAAUGGCGCUUCGGUUGGCUUUGAGAGCCUAACAAGACCAGUCACCUAUAACGGAAAGGCCGUGACCCAGGUCGUCUCGAUCAAUGGAAAGGUCGUCUCUAAGCAGACCGACCGCACUGGUUCUCAAGUCCCUACCUACAUCUACUCGAGCAACGAGUGUUACCUGGGCGCGUGCGGCACCCUUCAGGAGUACAGCUGGGACGACUUCACCGUCGAGCUCACAUCGGCUGACCCGAACUUCGGCAAGACCCUCACUGUCAACGGCGGCGACUCGACCGGUCUCAAGACUUCUGAUGGCGGCAAGACCUGGCACGCCGACUCCAUCGUCAUUGCAAAGGAUUACUUCUACACUGACGGCUCUAAGAAGGAGUGCUCUUAG